CGUAGAGCUGCUCGGUGCCUGGUUAGAGGACCCGGAAUGGGUAAUCACAGGCCUGUGCUGGAGGCUGGACCCGCUGCCGCGUGGCUCGCCUCACUGAGGCUAUUGCUUUUAGAAGUAGGGCCUGGAUCUCCCUCCUGUUUGCUUGGGGGUAAACACAUGGUAUCAUGGGGUUAUGAACACAUGUUGCCUGCGCCAGAUAGCAACACUGGCUCCAGUUUUGAAAAUAAAGGUCCCCUGAAGACCUUGCCAAAGUGUGACAUCACCCUGGAGAAACUCAAGAAUGACAUGGCAGUGCAGCACCUGUGCCAGCAGCUCCUGGAUGCCAUCCUGGCCAACAUCCGCUCACCUGUCUUCAGCCAUUCCCUGCGCAUUUGCUUCAGCCAUGACUGUCAUCCACGGUCCACUCAUCACGGCCCGGUGGUAUGCACCCAGAAGCAUAGGCUUGAGGGCGACCAGCGGCAGAGCACCCCCAGCGUGCUGCAAGGCGAGGUGGCCAGGCUGGACCCCAAGUGCAUGAUAAACCUGGACCCUUCUCACUGCAGCUACAAUGGCACCGUCCACUCGAUCUGCAAGUUGGGCAAGUGUCCAGGAGCGUCAGGCUGGCGCUGGCACCAAGCCCUUCCUCAGGUCGGUGCACCACUGCGUGACCUCCAGGCUGCCACAGCUCCCGGACAAGCACUCGGUUACCACCUUGCUCAACACCUGUGCCCGGAGCAUCCACCAGGCCUGCCUCCCGGCUGCCUAGCCAGGACUGCAGGGAUGGCCCGCAGCCUCAUUGGGGCCAAGGACACACGCCUCCUGUCAGACACUUCUAGGUGUUGGCUUCCAUGGAGAGCCUGGAGUUAGGUUAACUUUCCUCCUUUUCUCUUCUGCCUUGGGGAUCUGCCAAGUGAAAUCCCACACUUGCACAGACUGAGACGGGCGCAGUGGAGCGGGCUGCCUGCAGGGCAAUGGCCGUCUUCUUGGAAAAGGUGUUCCAUGUGACUUCCUCCACAAAGCCGGACACGGUCCCCAGCCACCAUCCUCGGGCCGCUGUCACCGCGGCCUGUCCAGGGUCCGGGUCUGUCUCAGCAGCAUCAGGGUGCGCUCAGGGUGUUAGAGCGUCUUGUGUGUGCUCGACACACCCCUGCUCCUUUCCAUAGGAGAACACAGAGGACGUAGGAAACCCUUCACACACACAUGGGAUUCUCUGCUCACAGUUUGGGGUUCAGGCUGCGCUGCUUUGGGCAAGUGGGGCACCCCCUGGAGAAGCCCCUGAGUCCAGGGCACAGGCUGCCUAUCGGAGGGAGGGCUGGCUGAUGGCUGCUGCCGGCUCCCUGCCACCAGCUGGACUUCGGCCCUUGUGGCAAUCCUGCUGAGCACUGUGGGGCCCCCAGGGAGCAGGGGCAUCAGGGAUCGUGCUGCCAGCACCCCUGUGCCACUUGUGUAAGGGCCGUGUCCAUUGUGAUGGAUGAAGAGCGAGGCCCUCAGGACCCGCGUCCUCAGAACACCACGUGCUGCACCACCCAGAGAGAGCCUGGCAGUGGGUGGGGCCCCCAUGCAGUGAGUGCCUCCCUGUGUUGCCCGCUUACCUGGGCACCGGCCAGCAGCCCUUUGGUGACGAGGUCCUCCCUUUUUAUGCGAACUACGCCAUCAUCUGUGAUUGUUACAAUCUUGUGACUCCUGUGUUUGUCAGGAGUUGUCACUGUGUCCCCCUCUCCGUGAACCUGGGCCUGCUGUCCUGUCAGGAUGCUGUCAGCCUUGGGGCCGGCACUGUCCACUCUGGCCCCGGGCCUCAGCUCUCCUUUUCUAACACACCAUCCCAUUCCUUGGCCUGGUUCAUCCCCCAGCUUCCUGGCAAAGUUCCUGCUCCCUGAAGCAGGGAGAGGUUGAGAUUAAUGCCAAGGAAGUGGGGCCAUGGGCUUGGGAAGACUGUGGCUGGGUGACGGUGGGCGCUAAGCUGGGCCACCCCACCCCUGACUGGACAUGGCUGUGCUGUGGUGGAAGGGGUGGUGCGGGCAUGUCCACACCGUUCUGGAGACGGCCCUCCAAGGAGGAGGGCCCGCCUGGCUGGACCUCUUUGCGGUGCUGUCAGGGCAGGAGAGGACGGCCUCUUGCCCCCAGGAGCAUGUAGUCUGGGCAGGAGACCCAGAGUGAUCAUGUGUUUGAAACGCAGCUCCAGCGCAGCCAGGGGACCAGAAAAGCCCUCCUGCCUCCAGGGAGGAUGUGCACGGCUCUGCCAACGCGCCUCUCCCAGGGCCGCUGGCAGGUCCCGGAUGAGCAAGACUGGGCUGCCCAGGCAGGCCUCUGCAGACAGCAAGGGCUGGGCUAGGAGCCAGGGGCUGGGAAUGGGAAGGGACACGACGCCUGAUGGCCAGUGAGGAACCAGGCAUACAACCUGGAAGUAAAGAAGCUUUAUUUUCAGUUUCAACAGGUAAAGCGAUACCUACUUCAUCAUGUGCUUUUUAUGUAAAUGCUAAAUAGCAAAAUAACAGAAAAUAAAUGGUUACUUUAGAGAUCAA